ACUUUGAUACCAACACGUUAUAGCAAAUCCAAUGCAAUAUAAAAGCAUAAGAUAUCGAACGUGUUACAUUUAAUUUUAUUCGUUGUUUUAAGCCAUUUCAGUGCGUUCCUAAUUGUUUUUGUCACGGUGGGUGCAAAAGAUGGCGGACGAGCAAGGGUCCUUGAAACGGAAACCAGGUUUUGCUACGCUGUCGAUACACGCAGGCCUCAACCCUGACCAAUGGAAUGGGGCGAUAGUGCCACCCAUCGUGCUGACUGCCAUGUACAAACAACCAUCUAACGGAAUAUUAGGUUAUACAUAUUCACGUACUGCGAACCCAAUGAGAGACACAUUGGAACAAUGUCUCGCGGCGCUAGAGGGCGGUAAAUACGCAUUUACAUUCGCAUCUGGCCAUGGGGUGAUCACUAGUAUUCUAGCCCUACUUAAUAGAGGCGAUCAUAUAAUUUCUAUGGACAAUGUUUAUGGUGGCACCGGUCAAGUUAUGAGGGAAAAUCUACCAAGAUUGGGAAUUGACCUGACGUUCACGGAUGUCAGAAACGAAAGGAAUUUGGACAAUGCCAUUCAAGACAAUACCAAGAUAGUCUGGUUGGAAACACCAACGAAUCCGAACUGCAGAGUGAUAGACAUUGCAGCCACUGUUCAGAUAGUGAAGAAGCGUAAUGAAAAUAUAAUUGUGGUCGUCGACAAUACAUUCCUCACAUGUUACUUACAACGACCACUGGACUUUGGUGCUGAUAUUGUUGUAUAUUCUUUGACAAAAUAUAUGAAUGGACAUUCCGAUGUUGUGAUGGGAGCGGCUGUUGUUAGUAAAAAAGAGAUCGCUGAUAAUCUGAGAUACGUACAAGAAUCUUAUGGUAGUGUGCCAUCCCCCUUUGACUGCUAUUUAGUCAAUAGAAGUCUGAAGACUCUUUCUCUGCGAAUGGAGCGUCAUAAAGCAACAGCUCUAGUGGUUGCUGAAUGGCUGGAGAAGCAUCCAAAUGUCGUUGAAGUUAAUCAUCCAGGACUAAAGUCACACAAAGGACACGAAAUCUUCAACAAACAGACGUCUGGGCAUUCAGGAAUCUUUAGCUUCAAGCAUUCUGGUGGCUUGCGAGAAUCAAGAAAACUCCUCACUUGCUUUAAAGUGUUCCUUGUGGCUGAGAGUUUAGGAGGAUACGAGAGUUUGGUAGAGAUACCAUCAGUAAUGACACAUAAGACGGUGCCUCAAUUACAAAAAACAAAACUUGGUAUCACAGACGCUAUGAUCAGAAUUUCCAUUGGGCUGGAAGACGCCGAGGAUCUCAUUGCAGAUUUGGGAAAUGCUUUCAAGAAGACAUUUAUCUAA